AUGCUUAGAGUCAACUCCUGCGCCAACAUCCUGCGCCGCACUGCUGCCAAGAAUGCUGCCACCCGUGCCUUGCACACCUCCCGCCCUGCUAUGCAGGUGUUUGCCUCGAAGCCCUUGAACGCCAAGGAGGCAUCGAGCCCUAUCACCUCAAAGUACCCCAUCAUUGACCACACCUACGAUGCCCUCGUCGUCGGUGCCGGUGGUGCCGGUCUCCGUGCCGCCUUCGGUCUCGCCGAGGCCGGUCUCAACACCGCCUGCAUUUCCAAGCUCUUCCCCACCCGUUCCCACACUGUCGCAGCCCAGGGCGGUGUUAACGCUGCUCUUGGCAACAUGGGAGAGGAUGACUGGAGAUGGCACAUGUACGACACCGUCAAGGGUUCGGACUGGCUCGGAGAUCAGGAUGCUAUCCACUAUAUGUGUCGUGAGGCCCCCCACAGUGUCAUUGAGUUGGAGCACUACGGUGUCCCCUUCUCCAGAACCAAGGAGGGCAAGAUCUACCAGCGUGCCUUCGGUGGUCAGUCCUUGAAGUUCGGCGAGGGUGGUCAGGCUUACCGUUGUGCUGCCGUCGCUGAUCGUACCGGUCACUCGAUUCUUCAUACCCUUUAUGGUCAGUCCCUUCGCCACAACACCAACUUCUUCAUCGAGUACUUCGCCUUGGACCUCAUUAUGGAGAACGGCGAGUGCCGUGGUGUCCUCGCCUUGAACAUGGAGGACGGAACCCUUCACCGUUUCCGCUCUCACAAGACCGUCCUUGCCACCGGAGGAUACGGUCGUGCCUACUUCUCCUGCACCUCUGCCCACACCUGCACUGGUGACGGAAAUGCCAUGGUUGCCCGUGCCGGCCUCCCCCUCCAGGAUUUGGAGUUUGUCCAGUUCCAUCCCACCGGUAUCUACGGUGCUGGAUGCUUGAUCACUGAGGGUUCCCGCGGUGAGGGUGGAUACCUCUUGAACUCCCAAGGAGAGCGUUUCAUGGAGCGUUACGCCCCCACCGCCAAGGAUUUGGCCUCGCGUGAUGUCGUCUCCCGUUCGAUGACCAUGGAGAUCCGUGAGGGUCGCGGUGUUGGUCCCGAGAAGGAUCACAUCUACCUCCAGCUCUCUCACUUGCCCGCCUCGGUCCUCCACGAGCGUCUCCCCGGUAUUUCUGAGACUGCUGCCAUUUUCUCGGGAGUUGAUGUCACCAAGGAGCCCAUCCCCGUCUUGCCCACUGUCCACUACAACAUGGGAGGAAUCCCAACAAAGUACACUGGAGAGGUCUUGAGCGUCGACGAGAACGGCAACGACAAGGUCGUCCCCGGUUUGUACGCUGCCGGAGAGGCCGCCUGUGUGUCUGUCCACGGUGCUAACCGCUUGGGAGCUAACUCUCUCUUGGAUAUCGUCGUUUUCGGUCGCGCCUGCGCUCACCACAUCCGUGAUACCUUGGAGCCCAACACCCCUCACCGCCCCUUGGCCGCUGAUGCUGGUGCCGAGUCCAUUGCCAACUUGGACAAGCUCCGCUACGCCUCUGGCCCCAUUUCCACCGCUGCCCUCCGCUUGAGCAUGCAGAAGGUCAUGCAGAACGAUGCUGCUGUCUUCCGUACCCAGUCCUCCUUGGAUGAGGGUGUUGAGAAGAUUGACAAGGUCUUCAAGCAGUUCCCCGAUGUCGGUGUCACAGAUCGCUCGAUGAUCUGGAACUCUGACUUGGUCGAGACCCUCGAGCUCCAGAACUUGUUGACAUGCGCCGCCCAGACCAUGCACUCUGCCAGUGCCCGCAAGGAGUCCCGUGGUGCUCACGCCCGUGAGGAUUUCCAGGACCGUGAUGAUAAGAACUGGAUGAAGCACACUCUCUCAUGGCAGAACCAGGAGACUGGUGAGGUCAAGUUGGGCUACCGCGGAGUUGUCGGCACCACCUUGGACGAGGAGGAGUGCAAGGCUGUUCCCCCCAAGAAGCGUGUGUACUAA